AUGGGACAGUCGAACCAGUCGGCUUGGGACUACGGUUCUUCUGCUCCCCCGUCUGUCUAUGGAGCUCUGCCUUAUGGAGCGCCGGCUGGACAUGACCUAGGAGGCCCUCUAUGUCUCACCUUCGCUGCAUUUUCGCCUACGAUAUUGCACUCGGUCUUGAUCGACGCAAAGGCCAAUAUCCAUUACCGGGUGGAAUCCAAUAGUUCCCCCAUUUUCACCUUCAUUAAAGACUCUCGAGGUCGGAGCGUGGCCAUCAUCGAGUGGAGAAGUCAUCCAACCAUUGAAAUCCGCGGUGUUGCUCCGAAGCAGAGUAUUCAGAAUUGGUUGGGGUUGUCCCGUGACGGGCUAUCCAGAAUUAUGACGGUUGGUAAUCGGCAGUAUGCCUGGGCACCAAAUGGGAGGCAUAUCUGUUUAUACGCGACAUCGUCUGCCGCUCCGCAGCCGCUGGUCACAGUUUCAAAGACGCAGGCCACCGUUACCCUUGAAGUCACUCCUCGAGCCCUGGAGUUAGGUUUACUCGAACCCUCAAUCGUCGCGACAGUUUUGCUUCAGUCCGGGCGCAAUAUUGACUGA